AUGGCGACCAUCUCCUUCAACAUCCCGAUCCUCUCGAUCCCCGCCUACUACCUCCUCGCCGUCUUUCCCCAUGGCUGGGCAAUCUCUCGCGCCAACAAGGGCGACAUGAUGAAGCACGACAACCGCAACCCCAAGGGCACCUCCUACCACGAAUCCUUGAAGAAGCGACUCACCGCUAAAGAAUUCGCCGCUUUCGAACGCGCCGAAUCCUGCCACCGGAACCACCUCGAAAACAUGCCGUUGUACAUCGCAACGAUCUUUGCAGGGAUGCUGGCCGAGCAAAGAGCUGGGGAAAGCGAGCUGGGCUUGAUCAACUUUGUCGUGGGCUGGAUGCUCAUUCGGGUGUUGUACACGGCGAACUACUUGGCGUCGGAGUCUAUCACAUGGUCAUAUCUGAGGAGUUUGUUGUACUUUGCUGGGACUGGUUGGAGCUUCUUGAUUUUGUACAGGUCUGCGCUGGUGUUGGGUAACUGA